AUGUUACUACCAAUUAUAGAUAUUUCAAAUAAAUCAUUAUCCAUAGAAUUUAUCAAGUCACUCAAUUUGGUUGGAGAAAUUAUUCUUCGUAUUUCUGAUUUUAAUGAUACAUCAUUGUUAUCACAAUUUCUCGAAAAACAUCAAUUAGAUAGAUAUUGGUUAUUUCCAGUAAAAGAAAUAGUACCUGAUGAUAUUGAAAAUAUCAUUAAAUUUUUGGAUCAAGGUGCACAAAAAGUAGUUAUUCCACUUUCAAAAUUAUUGGCAAAUGAUUGUUUUUCUACUUUACCAUCAGAUAGAUUAGCUGUUUGUUUAAAUUCUAGUGAUUUAUGUGAUGAAGGAUUAGUUAAAAAGUUAUCAGGAUUGGUAUCAGGAUACUUGGUUAAUGAUGUUGAUUUAGAUUCUAUUUCCGGAAAAUUCUUUCAAGAUUUAAAUAAUUUUAUACAAAAUGUACAAAAAAGUACACUUUCAUCCGGUGUGAUUUCAAAUGUUGGUGUCAUGCUACAGCAAGAGAAAGUUGAUAUAAAGUAUUCCCCAGAUUUGGUUCAAAAAUUAUCGACAAUUUUAGCCGAUUUAGUUGUUCCUAUUGAAUAUCUUACAAUGGAUUCGGGUAAUAAUUUGUUAAAUGUCGCUGACGCUUUGACAUGUACUCUAAAGUCUGAUCGUCCAGACGGCUUAUUUAUCACUGUUGUGGUAGAUGAAAGAGAUGUAGCAUUAGGCGUGGUAUAUUCAUCUACCGAAAGUGUGAAAGAAGCACUCAAAACUAGGACAGGUGUAUAUCAAAGUAGAAAACGUGGGUUAUGGCACAAAGGUGCUACGUCAGGAUCUGUUCAAGAGUUAAAAAAAAUUGAGGUAGAUUGCGAUGGAGAUGCAUUGAAAUUCACAGUUAAGCAGUUUGGAAGUGGGUUCUGUCAUUUGAACACUCGCACAUGUUUUGGUAAAAGUAAUGGUCUUGUUGCGCUUGAAGAAACACUUCGCAAUCGAAAGAUAUCCGCACCUCCUGGUUCAUACACUCAAAAAUUAUUCCAGAAUCCAGAUUUACUUCGUUCAAAAAUUAUGGAAGAGGCAGAUGAAUUAUGUUCUGCUGAUACUAAAGAUGAUAUUGCAUGGGAAUCUGCAGAUUUGUUGUAUUUUGCCCUUGCCAAAUGUGUUGCAAAUGAUGUUUCACUAACUGAUGUUGAAGCACACCUUGAUAAGCGUGCAAAGAAAAUAACACGACGACCUGGUAAUGCAAAACCUCAAUGGGAUGUUUCAACCAAAAAAACAACGGAAAUUAACGAUGGAGCAAAAGAAAAACCAAUUCCAGUUAAUAUUUCAUGUAAAUCAGAUAUUAUUAAAAUGCAGAAAUUCCAAUUAUCCGAAAUUGAUUUGAUAAAGAGAACAUCACUUCUUAAACGACCUAUCAUUAACUCCGAUGAUAUUAUGGCACGAGUACGUCCUAUUAUCAAUGAUGUACGCAAUAAAGGUGAUACGGCUCUUAUUGAAUACACUGCAAAGUUUGAUAAAGUUCAACUUAAUACACCAGUAAUUUCUGCUCCUUUCCCACAAGAAGCGAUGGCGCUCGAUGACGUUACGCGUCUAGCAAUUGAUCAAGCUUAUGAUAAUAUUUACAAAUUUCAUGACGCGCAAUAUGAUCGAUCAACGUUAGUCGUCGAAACAAUGCCUGGGGUGGUUUGUUCACGAUUUAGUCGUCCUAUUGAACGUGUUGGACUUUAUGUUCCAGGUGGUACCGCCAUCCUACCAUCCACAACCCUUAUGUUAGGAAUCCCGGCUAAAGUAGCUGGAUGUAAAGAAAUAAUUAUCGCAAGUCCACCACGAAAAGAUGGAACAGUUGUACCCGAAGUUUUAUAUGUGGCGCAUAAAGUUGGUGCAUCUAAAGUUUUGUUGGCAGGCGGGGCUCAAGCAAUCGCUGCGCUUGCUUAUGGAACAGAAUCGGUACCUAAAGUUGAUAAAAUAUGUGGACCCGGUAAUCAAUAUGUUACCGCAGCCAAAAUGUUUGCACAAAAUGAUAGUUCAGCUAUGAUUUCAAUUGACAUGCCUGCAGGACCGUCAGAACUUUUAGUUAUCGCAGAUAAUUCAAGUAUUCCUGCUUAUGUGGCAUCAGAUCUUUUAUCACAAGCUGAGCAUGGGACUGAUUCACAAGUAGUAUUGGUUGGAGUUUCUUUAACAGUCGAACAUCUUGCAAACAUUGAACGUGAAAUUCAUGAACAAGCAAGUCGCCUUCCAAGAGUAGAUAUUGUUAGAGUGUCAAUUUCAAAAAGUUUUAUUUUACAAGUUAAUAAUAUGAAAGAAGCAAUGAAAUUUUCAAAUGAUUAUUCUCCUGAGCAUUUAAUCUUACAUAUUGAAGAAGCGGAAAAAUGGGUAGAAGCUGUUCAAAAUGCUGGCAGUGUUUUUGUUGGUGCAUAUUCACCAGAAAGUUGUGGUGAUUAUGCCUCCGGUACCAAUCAUACACUUCCCACAUAUGGAUACGCACGAAUGUAUUCUGGUGUGAACACACUUACAUUCCUGAAACAUAUUACGUCACAAAAAUUGACUAAGCAAGGAUUAAAAGAUUUAGGAUAUACGGUUAUGAGAUUAGCUGAAAUUGAAGGAUUAGAAGCACAUAGAAAUGCUGUUCAUGUUAGAAUUCGUGAUAUUGAAAAUGAUUGA